AUGUAUUGGCUGGUACCCAACCUGAACAGCCAUAGUUGUCGAGCUAAUGUGCGUGUGUCGUCUGCAGAGUGCAGUGACGAAGACGUGCGGCUAUUUACCAGUUUUGGGGACAACGAUGAGAUCUCCGCUGCACUGGACGGUGUGCUGGGAGACGUGCACGGAAUUCUAGAGAUCUGCGAGAAUGAGCUCUGGAAGAGCGGCGUGUUGUGCCUGAAUGAGGGAGACUUAGAAGGAGAACAGUGGACGACGGAGAACACUGCAGUUGCCUGCAGGGAACUAGGGAUAUCCUGCUCCAGUUAUCAGCUGUUGGAACAGCUCGCAAGUCACAACUAUUCAAACUCCUGUGACAUUACUGAGAAGCACAUCUUCACUAGUGAAGGAGAUGAAAUGGAGAGGAACCCAGCCUACCAGACCUCUGCCUCCCUCAUUCCCUCCUCCUCCAACCCUUCAUAUGCUGGACUCAACGUGACUGCUAAUGCACACGUCUACGAAGAUGUUUCCGCCCUCUAA